AGGAACUAAACUUAGAGAGAGAGAGAUAGCACGGCGGUGAAGCUGCGAGCGAGUGUCUUGAAACGAGUGGACUAGACGCGGUAGCUUUAGCAAAACCCUAGCUACACCGGUGAGAGCCAUUGUUGUGUGCUGGUGCUGCUCAACUUCAACUACCACUACGACUCUCUGCGUUCUCAACCGUGCGUCACCGUCACCGUCAUCAUGAGCCGCUACGACAGCCGCUCCGGCGAUCCAGGUUCCUACCGUGACCGAAGAAGUGAUUCGGGGCUAGGUGCACCUACGGCUACAGGAUACGGUGGUUCAAGCAGAAAGGAGUACGAUGAAGGUGGGUCAGGGUCGCCAAGGAAACUGAAUUUGGAUGGGUUGCCUCAUUUUGAGAAAAACUUCUACAAUGAAUCACCCGCUGUAAGGGAAAUGACGGAGGAAGAUGUUAAUGAGUAUCGCCAGCGGAGGGAAAUCACUGUUGAAGGCCGAGAUGUUCCAAAACCUGUCAAGUCCUUUCACGAUGUUGGUUUUCCAGAAUAUGUAUUGCAAGAAAUUAAGAAAGCUGGCUUUGUGGAACCUACACCCAUUCAGUCUCAAGGUUGGCCAAUGGCUUUGAAGGGACGUGAUCUGAUAGGAAUUGCAGAAACAGGAUCAGGGAAGACGCUUGCUUACUUGUUACCCGCCAUAGUGCAUGUUAAUGCCCAGCCAAUUCUAGAUCCUGGGGAUGGACCUAUUGUGUUAGUUUUGGCCCCAACACGGGAACUUGCUGUCCAAAUACAACAAGAGUGUACUAAAUUUGGUGCAUCGUCAAGGAUUAAGAGUACAUGCAUAUAUGGUGGGGUUCCCAAGGGGCCUCAGGUGCGCGAUCUCCAGAAAGGUGUUGAAAUUGUAAUUGCCACUCCGGGAAGGUUAAUUGAUAUGAUGGAGUCAAAUCAUACUAACUUGCGGAGAGUCACAUACCUGGUAUUGGAUGAAGCUGAUAGGAUGUUGGACAUGGGGUUUGAUCCUCAGAUACGGAAAAUUGUCUCUCAGAUUCGUCCUGACCGUCAAACAUUGUACUGGAGUGCUACCUGGCCAAAGGAGGUUGAACAAUUGGCAAGGCAGUUCCUUUAUAACCCAUACAAAGUAAUUAUAGGAUCUCCUGAUUUAAAAGCUAACCAUGCUAUACGGCAAUAUGUGGACAUAGUUAGUGAAAAGCAGAAAUAUGAUAAAUUGGUGAAGUUACUGGAGGACAUCAUGGAUGGCAGCCGAAUACUGAUAUUCAUGGAUACUAAGAAAGGAUGUGAUCACAUUACUAGGCAGCUCCGCAUGGAUGGUUGGCCUGCACUUUCAAUUCAUGGAGAUAAAAGUCAAGCAGAAAGAGAUUGGGUGCUCUCAGAGUUUAAAUCUGGAAAGAGUCCUAUAAUGACUGCAACAGAUGUUGCAGCUCGCGGUUUAGAUGUAAAGGAUGUGAAGUAUGUGAUAAAUUAUGACUUCCCGGGAUCACUUGAGGAUUAUGUUCAUCGCAUUGGUCGGACUGGGAGAGCUGGUGCUAAAGGAACUGCAUACACAUUCUUCACAGCUGCUAAUGCCAGAUUUGCAAAGGAACUUAUAACCAUACUGGAGGAAGCUGGACAGAGAGUGAGUCCUGAAUUGGCAGCAAUGGGGCGCGGUGCACCUCCUCCGCCUUCAGGAGGCUUCCGAGACCGUGGGAAGGGUUAUGGCAGUGCUCGCGCAUGGAGCUGAUUGAUGGAAUUCCAAAAAUCAUGGGUGUCCUUGAUGUUGCAACCUGACGCAUUGUAUUGUCAAAUUAGCUUUUUGUAAGAAUAGUGGUAGGAAUUUGGUUUUCUUCUUUGUUAGACUUUUUUUUUUUCGUAUUUAUUUGGUUGAAAUGUCCACAGAACAUGAAGAAGCCUUGUAUCUACAGUCAAACAAUUGUUUAUACUUUAUAGUUCAUACCACACUAAUUCAUUUCGCAGGAUGCGAAGAUGCAUUUGUUUUAAUUA